ACCACCCCUACCCCUCUCUCUCUCUCUCUCUCUCUCUCUCUUUCUCUCUCCACCCUUUGAAUCUCAAAUUCAAACUGUGAGAAGACGAAACCUAAUUUUCUCUCUCUAAAGAUCUCUCUCUCUCUCUCUCUCUCUCUCUCUCUGUGUCUGUGAGCUUGAGCUUUGUGGGGAAACGAACAUGAGGAGGAGAGGAGCAAAGAGGAAGCAGAGGGACGAAUCCCAGUCUUCCUCCCUGCAGGAACAGCCGAACAGGGAGGAGAACCACAAGCCGCCCGCCAAGACCACCGCCAAGUCCGGGGCCACUCGCGCGACGGCUGCCAAGUCAGAGCCAGAGCCCGAGUUCUUCGAGGACCAGCGCAACUUGCAAGAUUUGUGGAAGAAGGCUUUUCCUGUUGGAACAGAGUGGGACCAAUUGGAUGCUGUCUACCGAUUCAAUUGGGAUUUUUCUAAUCUAGAAAAUGCGUUUGAAGAGGGUGGGAAGUUAUAUGGCAAGAAGGUCUAUCUCUUUGGAUGUACUGAGCCUCAAAUGGUGCCUUUCAAGGGUGACAAUAUAAUUAUCCAUGUACCUGCUGUGGUGGCUAUCGAUUCUCCUUUUCCACCUUCUGACAAGAUUGGUAUUAAAUCAGUUCAAAGAGAAUCUGAAGAAAUAGUUCCGAUGAAGCAUAUGAAAAUGGACUGGGUUCCAUAUAUUCCUCUCGAGGACAGGGACAGCCGAGUUGAUAGGCUGAAAUCUCAGAUAUUUAUCUUGAGUUGCACGCAGAGGAGGGCUGCUCUGAAACACUUGAAGAUAGAGCGUAUCAAGAAAUAUGAAUAUUGCUUGCCAUAUUUCUAUAAUCCAUUGAAGGAAGAUCAGUUUGAACAGAGCACGGAUGUCUCAAUUGUUUUCCCGGCUGAACCAAAACCUAUUUUAUGUGAUUUCGACUGGGAGAUGGAUGAUGUUGAGGACGUUGCCAGUGAUUUGAUCAAGGAAGAGGUGUUAAGUGAAGAUGAGAAGGAUGCCUUCAAGGACUUUGUCAAGGAAAAAGUUCGUGAGGCCAAAAAGGCCAACAGAGAGGCAAGAGAAGCUCGCAAGAAAGCCAUUGAAGACAUGAGCGAGGAGACCAAAACAGCAUUUCAAAAUAUGAAGUUCUACAAGUUUUAUCCCAUACCAACACCGGAUACACCUGAUCUAUCAAACACUAAGUCGACAUUCAUAAACCGUUACUACAGACAUGCCCACGAACUCCUGUGAUAGACCAAUAUCUGUAUAACGACGGCUGUUUGCAGCUCGAAGAUUUUUGUGCACUAUGAGGAAGGUUAGGAGAGCCCUAGUUCCCGGGCCAUACACUUUGUUGGUCAUAGGUUAGCCGCCUCAGCAAGAUAAGGACGGUGUAGUAGUAGUUUAUUUACUCAUGGUUUAAGCUGUUAGUUUGCUACUGGUCAUGAGAAAGGUUAAUUGUAACGUGAAUGAAUCGUUCAGGGUUAUUUAACUCUGAACCGAGCUCCUGAAGAUUUGGGGGAAGAAUUCUUUGUAGCUACAUUGAUGAUCAGUCUUUACUACCUCUGUCUUGUCUUCAGCUUUGUAACAUCAGAAUUAAGAGUUGCUACUAUAGGUUACACAUUGUUGCUGGUUCAUGAAUAAAGCGUCAUCGAACUUUGCUGCAUAUC